CAGGGAGGAUAGUAUAAAGUUCACCCCAAACACCCAACUUUCUACAUACCCACAAACAAAUACCACUGCUGGGUCCAAUUUAACUUGAACAACCUAACAAAAAAGAACAAGAGAGCGCAUCCAGAGCAAAAUGGGCAGCAAUUCAAAAACAAAAAUGGACCUCGAUCCCGACCCCGACUCCGACUCAAUAGAAACCACCUCCGUUCUCCUAGGCUAUGCAGAGAAAGAACCCACGGACGAUACCUACAGCCAUCUCGGUGGUAAACCAACAUGGCUACACCCCAAUUCCCCCCCAGAUGCUCGACUAGCCAAGUGCGAGCAUUGCGGCAAGAUGAUGUCGCUACUAUUACAACUCAACGGUGAAAUCACCGAGAGUCCGCACGCGAGAAUGUUCUACCUGUUUGCUUGUAGGACAAAGACAUGUCGAUGGAGGAAGAACUAUGCAAAAGUGCUUCGAGCAGUGAUGCGCUCUGCGGAUGUGCCAGAAGAGCCUGAGGGGUUUGUCGAUGUUCCCAAGAAGGAAGACUUUCCAAGGCCGGAAAAGCAGAAGGUGGAGGCGGUUCAGCAUGGGGAUUUUCUCUUUGGCGGAUCGUCGAAACCAGCUGCUGGAUCGAAUCCGUUCUCUAUGGGGUCCACAACGAGUAACUCAAAUCCUUUCUCCACAAAUUCUACAACGAGUAAUGCGAACCCUUUUUCUUUAUCCACUACCACCCCAACCCCACUCUCCCCACCCCCAGAACAGCAAUCGCUACCCGCGGAUCCACAAACCGGUACAAAAUCCUUAACAAAGUCCUUCGCUCAGGCCCUCAAACUUGCUGAAGACGGCGUCCCAUCCCACGAAACUGGGGCCACCAAGUACUUUGGCCCUGCCGAACCCUGGCCCGAGAAACUCCCCCACGAAUACCCCCUCUUCCAUUUAGACGCCGAAUACGAAGCUGUAGAGAGAACCACCGGGCUCAAAGCCCACCAACUCAGAAAGUAUGAAAGACUGAUGUCUCAGACGGGGGAUGAUGAUGACGAAAAUGAAGGCGGCAAGUCCGGACAGGACAACAGCACCCCUUCCAACGAUCAGAUCGACGACGACGUAUUCCAGAGAUUUGCCGACCGGAUAGCUAAUAAUCCAGAGCAGGUAUUGCGCUACGAGUGUGGGGGCACGCCGUUGUUCUACGCUGUGUCGGAUGAUGUCGGAAGGCUUCUGAAUCCGAAUGAUGAGGGGUUCCUCGCUACGCGGAUACCCAAGUGUGGGAAUUGUGGAGGCUCCACGAGGGUGUUUGAGUUUCAAAUCAUGCCUCAUGCUAUCACUGUUCUUGAGGGCGAUGAUGAAGGGUUUGACGGAAUGGAUUGGGGGACUAUUAUGGCCUUCACGUGUAAAUGCGUACCAAAGGCUCUGGAUAGGAAUAUGGUUGGCUAUGUUGAAGAGCACGUCUCUGUGCAGUGGGAGAAACAGAGGUAG